CCUUACUCUCUCUCCACCUUUGGACUCCAUUACUUGAAGUCAGAACAGAAAAAGUCACCAUCAUCAUGCUUUGGUUUUACCGCUGGUCCCUGAGCCUUCUGGUGCUCCAUGUGAGUGCUGGUGCUCCAUGUGCUCCUUACGCUCACGUUUUUCUGGACAACAAGGAGGCCAAUCAGUUUCUGACCCGAGGGAGACAAGCCAUCACUUUCGUGGAGUCACAUAACAAGGGUAGGAUAGUGAGGGAGUGUGUGAAGAAGCUCUGCAGCUGGGAGGAGGCCCGUGAGAUCAUCGAGGAUGUUCCAAAAACUAAUGUCUUCUGGGCCAUAUAUGUAGAUGGAAAUGCGUGUGAGUCCCACCCCUGUGCUCAUGGAGGACUGUGCAAAGAUGGAAUUGGCAGCUACCAAUGCUUUUGCCAGACUGGAUACCAAGGCUUCAACUGUGAAAUUGUUAUUCCUGACCUCUGUGAGACCAAAAAUGGUGGGUGUGAGCAUUUCUGCAACGUCAUCCAAGGAAACGUUCAGUGUUUGUGUGCUGACGGCUAUUUCCUGGCAUCAGAUGAGAAAUCCUGCCACUCUGUUAUUCCUGACCUCUGUGAGACCAAAAAUGGUGGGUGUGAGCAUUUCUGCAACGUCAUCCAAGGAAACGUUCAGUGUUCGUGUGCUGACGGCUAUUUCCUGGCAUCAGAUGAGAAAUCCUGCCACUCUGUUAUUCCUGACCUCUGCGAGACCAAAAAUGGUGGGUGUGAGCAUUUCUGCAACGUCAUCCAAGGAAUCGUUCAGUGUUCGUGUGCUGACGGCUAUUUCCUAGCAUCAGAUGACAAAUCCUGCCACUCUAACAUUACUCCUGACCUCUGUGAGACCAAAAAUGGUGGGUGUGAGCAUUUCUGCAACGUUAUCCGAGGCAACGUUCAGUGUUCUUGUGCUGACGGCUAUUUCCUGGCAUCAGAUGAUCCGAAAUCCUGCGACUCUAACAAGACCUACAAAUGCGGCGCCAUCAUCUCCCAAGAUGCCCGAACUGUUUUUAGAGAGAGACAGAACACAACUAUGUGUAACGCUACCACGUUGGAUCUUAUCAACUCUACCAAGUCCCAAAACAGUGCAAGCCAAACUGUACCAAAACAGGAAGUAUCUGAGCCAAGGAUUAACGGAGAGGACUGUCCGCCUGGAGAGUGUCCGUGGCAGGCUCUUCUACUGAAUCAAAAAGAUGAAGGCUUCUGUGGAGGAACCAUUCUCAACGAGUACAUCAUCCUCACGGCUGCUCACUGCAUGAACCAGUCACGCUACAUCUACGUCAAACUAGGUGAAUUUGACACGUUGGUGGAUCACGGUAACGAAGCUACUCACUAUGUGGAAACUAUUGUCACCCACAAUAAAUACAGGCCCGACACCUACCUCAAUGACAUUGCUCUUAUCAAAUUAACCAAGCCCAUCAAGUUCAGCUGGUCCAUUUUGCCGGCCUGUAUACCUGAGCAAGAGUUUGCUGAAAAGGUGCUGAUGCGGCAGCAGGAAGGGUUAGUCAGUGGUUUUGGACGCGACGACGAAGGUCAGCAGACGUCCACCAUUCUACAGCGCUUCACUAUGCCCUAUGUCGACCGGCUCACCUGCAUAGAAUCCACCCAGCUGCGCAUCUCCACCCGCAUGUUCUGUGCCGGCUAUGAGUCAGAAACUAAGGAUGCCUGCCAAGGCGACAGUGGCGGGCCGCAUGUCACACGCUAUAGCGGCACCUACUUUGUCACCGGCGUCAUCAGCUGCGCACGCAGAGGCAAGUACGGCGUCUACACCCAGGUGUCCAAGUACAUCCCCUGGAUCCGCAACAACAUCGACCACCUGGUGUCCAAAGAGAAGGCCGGCAAGUAGGCUAAGAAACAGAGGCUGCGCCUUAACUAUGUCACAUUUGGCUCGGAUACACUUUGGGUUGGGAACUAAAGAUGUUAAAUAAAGGCACAAAUCAUCAAUAAUGUAUUUGUAGCGAAGUGUCAGAGCCGUCCGUCCACACAGACCAACCUGUUCCUCAGAGUGCUUCACAUUUUGUAUCUGACUGAAACUUCUUCUAUCCUCUCAGAGCAAACACUAUCACACUGACAUAUCAGCAUCAUCCAACUGAAACAUUCACAACAAAGAGCUCAUCGGUGAACUGGCUUGAUUUUCUGCUUUUCAGUAGGAACAAUGGAAACUAAGAAAUAAAUCAAAUGGAAAGUGGAAACAUGUGUUUUGAUGUUUUUG